AUGGCCGACUACGCUUCGAUGAAGGUGCCAGAGCUGAAGAAGCUCUUGGCUGAGCGCAAGCUCGCCCAGACAGGCAACAAGGCCGAUCUGAUUGCUCGCCUCCAAGAGGAAGACGACAAGCCCGCUGGCGAUGCUGAGGCCAAACCUGCUGCCAAAGACGACGAGAUCACGUACAGCGACGACGAAGGUGCGAAGCCCGCCGCCGCCGCUCCCGCUGCUCCCGCCGCCACUACAGAGACUGCGCCUGCAGCCGAUGCUGCGCCCAAGGAUGCUGCCACGGACGAGACAAAGCCUGCCGAGGCUGAUGCCGCGGCCGCUCCCGCUGAUGCUCCCGCCGAGCCCGUCGCGCCGCCUCCCUCGUUCGCCAUGGGCCUCUCCUCCACGACCGCCGACGAAGAAGCCAAGAAGCGUGCCGACCGCGCGAAGCGAUUCGGCAUCGAGGAGGACAACGACGACGCCAAGAAGCGCGCCGAGCGCUCCGAACGCUUCGGCCUCGAGGAAAAAGACGUCUCGGGCCUCGACUCGGCGCUGCCCGAGCGUCCUCUGAAGCGCGGCCGCGGCCAGCACCAGGACGGCCAGCGUCCCGGAAAGCGCCAGAGCACAGAUCGCAGAGGAAACGACCGCCGCAAUGGUCGCAAUGGUCGACAGGGCGGCGGUGGUGGUGGUGGCGGCGGCGAUAACGCUCAGUCAAAGGGCUCUCGGAUUCUGACUGAUCCUGCUGAAAAGGCCAAAGCUGAGAAGCGUGCUGCUCGAUUUGCUGCUGCUUGA